UGACAAUUUUUUGACUUUUCCCACCGGUGUGGACUUGUGUUCAUCUCAAUUAAAAGAAAUGGCUACUAAAACAGUAAAUAACUCUGUUUCGAUUCAAUCUAAAAAUGCAAGAAAUACAGUUAGUCGUCUUGCUUCAGCAUCGGUCGGCAAGAAGAAACGAGAGACGUGGACUGAUGGUGAAACUGAAUCGUUGCUCUCUCAUGCCAUCAUUAACAAGGAUUCCAUUGCUGGAUCUUUCAGUGCUCUUGUGACAAAGGAAACUCGCAAGCAAGCUUGGGUGAUUAUUACAGAGUGCAUUGUGUUGGAACAUCCCGAUUGUCCACCAAAACUUCCUGAUGCUGUGAAGAAGAAGUUUGGCAAUUUUGAGCAAAAAGCCCGUCAGAUCAUUCGCAAUCAUAAAGCUGGAUUGAGCGAGACAGGUGGUGGCCCAUCAACUGGCCCAUUGAAUCCUUUGUACCAAAAGUAUUGGGAUGAAUACUUGGACAUUGACAAUCCUUGUGUCACAUCAACCAUAGAGGGCGCGAUUGACACCGAAGCAGUUAAUGAAUUGCUCACCGGGCAAGAAAGGGAUUUGAUUCAGCACUUCUUGGGCAGGGAGCCAAAUGAAAGUCACAAUACUGACCUUUUUCAAAGGACUGAUGAGUCGUCGGAGGAUAACAGCCAGUUUUUGGGUGAGCAGAGUAACGAUGGAGAUGGGACAGGAUUAUCUGCUGAUGAUGAAAGAGGAGAACUUCGUCUAUCUUUUGACAACGCUCUUUCCAACUCUACGCCAGAAGACUCUUUGACUUUACGGGCCCCAAAGAAUACGCAAAAGCGUCCAUCAAGUGCCAUGGCUGUUUAUUCCGGUGGCCGAACGACCCCUGCAGCUGAAUCGUCCCUUCAUUCUAUUUUAAAUAACAGUUCCAAGCGCAAUUCCAAAACCCUCAGGGAGACCAAGAAAACUACGCAAUUCAAGCUUUGUACUACAAGUGAGACGGCUGGCCACGCCCGCAUGAUGGAGACACGCUUGCGACUACUCUCUUCUGCCAUGGAGGUGCGUAACAAGUUAAACAAUCCAAUGACUGCUGCCGAAAUCCCAAAAGACUUACAAGACAUUAUCUUUGAUCCUUACGAAAACAUUUGAACCUCAUGAUUGUCUAUUUUGUUCUCGGUUUGUGUGCAAAUACAAUUAAUGCUAGGUACGUGCUUGUUGUUGUUGUCUCACGAAGUCGAUCAAAUCGGCUUAGCGGUAGCACUACAGCAGUUCUGAUUUUAACAGGAUGUGAAUACCAAGAUAAUUUACUCUACUACCUCUCGGGUGUUUGAAAAUCGAUCGUUGUACGUGAAUAUAAUUGAAUAUAUAGGAUCAGUAUGGAACAAAAUGAGUCGGGCAAAUUGGACAGAAUUUCAAC